AUGUCGAGCAUCGUACCCACCGUCGGCAGGCAGGCCCUCCGCAUCGCCUCUCGACGCUAUCCAUCCUCUGCAUCUGCACGCUUCGCCCGUGUUGCUGCUAGCCAGAGGCACUAUGUGUCAUCCUCCUCCCCCGCUGGAGCUUCUGUGAACAUUGACACGGCAAGCCAAUUGGACACCAAGUCAUACCGAAAGCAGACGGGUGAGCGUGCAGAGGAUGCGACCAUGCCGGCAACUGGCAUGAGCGGGGAUGUCAUGAUGUCUCCCACUGCAGGCAUUCUCAAGCAAGCCACGGUGAUGGAUCAGGGCUCACGGCCCAUCUAUCUGGACAUGCAGGCCACGACGCCCAUGGACCCACGUGUAGUAGAUGCCAUGCUGCCCUAUAUGACGGGCAUGUAUGGCAACCCUCAUUCGCGAACCCACGCCUACGGCUGGGAAACAGACAAGGCAGUCGAAGAUGCACGUAAGAACAUCGCCGACCUCAUCGGCGCAGACCCAAAAGAGAUCAUCUUCACAAGUGGCGCCACCGAGAGCAACAACAUGAGCAUCAAAGGCGUCAUGCGCUUUCUCGGUCGCGCUGGCAAGAAGAAGCACAUCAUCACAGCCCAGACGGAGCACAAGUGUGUGCUUGACAGCUGUAGACAUCUUCAAGAGGAAGGCUUCUCCGUGACUUACCUGCCAGUACAGAAUAAUGGCCUUAUCGACAUGGCUCAACUCGAAGCUGCAAUGCGCCCCGACACAGCCAUGGUCAGCAUCAUGACCGUCAACAACGAAAUCGGCGUCGUCCAGCCUGUAGACGAGAUUGGCAGGCUUUGCCGUUCCAAGAAGAUAUUUUUCCACACCGAUGCGGCACAGGCAGUGGGCAAGAUACCUAUUGAUGUCAACAAGAUGAAUGUCGACCUGAUGUCCAUAUCUGGCCACAAGAUCUACGGCCCUAAGGGUAUUGGCGCGUGCUACGUACGACGAAGGCCUAGGGUGAGACUCGAUCCCAUCAUCAGCGGUGGCGGUCAGGAGCGAGGACUGCGCAGUGGAACCCUGGCGCCUCCACUGGCCAUUGGUAUGGGUGAAGCAGCGCGGAUCUGCAACGAGGAGAUGGCAGUAGGUACACCCAGUUACGAUAGCAAGCGUAUCACGUCGCUGUCGAAUCGCCUUCUCGAGGGCUUACUCUCGCUUGAGCACACGACACUCAACGGUGACCGCGAACGACACUACCCUGGUUGCGUCAAUGUCUCAUUCGCAUACGUAGAGGGCGAGUCCCUACUCAUGGCACUGAAGGACAUCGCCCUGUCAUCUGGGAGUGCGUGCACUUCAGCAUCGUUAGAACCCAGCUAUGUUCUCCGAGCGCUUGGUAGCAGUGAUGAGAGCGCACACAGCAGUAUCCGCUUCGGUAUCGGGCGAUUCACCACAGAUUCGGAGAUCGACUAUGUGCUCAAGGCAGUGCAGGAGCGAGUGACGUUCCUGCGAGAACUGAGUCCGUUGUGGGAGCUUGUGCAAGAAGGUGUCGAUCUGAACACGAUUGAGUGGAGCCAGCACUGA